AUGGCUACUUUUAAGUCCCUCGUCUACCUCGCUGCAGUCUCGGCUGUCCGCGCUACUAUCAGCCCUGGUUCCCUCAACACCAUAUCUACAGCAGUAGACGUCAACAGCCAGGCCGGCUGGUGGAAUCCCCUCGAUGAGUUCGGUGACUACGACUGGUUCGCGUAUUUGCGAAACCCUCCUAGCGGCAGCACAGCCAACAACAAUGUCAUGAUCGCCCGGCGCUCCAUCUCGGAUGGUACAAUCACACGAGACUGUGUCAAGACAUCUGAUGGCGAAUGUGCCAUCUUUGCAGAUGACUUGGGACAUAAUACACCAAGUAUUAGCAUUGAUGGAGAUGGUUACGUGCACGUGUUCACUAGCAUGCACAACGAGCCAUGGCAGUAUUUCCGCUCUUCUGAGCCGUAUAGCAGCUCUCUUGUCGAUGCCAGCUCCGAUAUGCCCGACCAGGGCGUCAAGAUUACAUAUCCCGUCAUCAAGCGUGACGCCAACGGAGAUCUCUGGCUUAUCGUUCGUGGACAGGCGGCCAACGAUGAUACAUCUAAGGGCGGAUACUUUUACAAGUACUCAGUCAAUGAUAAGACAUGGUCCCGGGUCAGUAUCUGGGCAUAUAGCAAGGGAUACUCAGUCUAUCCUGAUGACAUCGCCUUUUCCUCCGAUGGUGAUAUCCAUCUCCAGUGGGAAUGGAGCAAGUACCCUGCGUCUGCUGUGCGCCAUCAAGGAAGUUACGUGCGCUACCGCCCAUCUACAAACUCGUACACCUCAGCCUCCGGAGCCACCGUCUCGCUUCCUGUUACGCAGAAUACUGCGGAUAUUGUGUACCAGCCGCUCACAUCGGGCGAAACCUACAGCGGGGACAUCAAUGCAUCUCCAGGCCCAGCUUUCCAAAGCGCAAAGAUGGCACUAUACGAGCGCUCUGGCACAGUUCAUAUCCAACACGCCUACCGCUUCAAGACUUCCAACGCCGGCGCAUGGCAGAUCCGUCGUGCUACGGCAACAUACGGUACCCAGGAUCCUUGGAAGCGUGAGAUUCUGUACGACGGAAGUGAGACAAGCGCUGGAAUCGGCAUCACGCACGAUGGCACGACUGUUCGUAUCUACUAUUGCGUUGCUUCGGCUAGUGUAUCCGUACUUGAGAACGUGGGAGGUGCGGGGUGGACUAACACGGCUGUUGGUCCGGGUGUUAGUAAGAGGGUGCAGCGUCUGCAGGCUUUGAUGAGGAGUGAUGGUACGGAUGUGCUGUACUUGGGGUCGCCGAAUAAUGUUAACUCAACAACUGGAAGUUUGUAUCUUCUGACUGUUGGAGGGCGGGACUAG